CAUUUAGUAUUAGAAUAAAUUUCGAAUGGAAAACAUUAACACGAUCUACGAACAAAUCGAAAAAACUGAUUACUACUGAUUUCAAAAAAAAUGGCUUUUGAAUUAAGUGAAAAAGAUAAAAUAUUCUAUAAAAUAAAAACUUUGGAAUUCAAAAUUAAUCAAAAUCAAAAACCGGUCGAUAAUGAAAAAGUGGAAAUUAAAAUUCAUACCGGCAAAAUAAGAGGUUACAAACGAUAUACACUUUACAAAAAAAUCUACUAUAGUUUUGAACGCAUACCCUAUGCUCUGCCCCCCAUGGGUGAUUUAAGAUUUAGAGCUCCCAAACCAAUGACAGCAUGGAAAGAUGUCAAAGAUUGUACCAUGUAUGGUGAAAAGCCAAUGCAAUGUUCUCCCUUGGAACCGCAAACAAUAGAAGGUUCUGAGGAUUGUUUAUUCGUUAAUGUUUAUACAAAUAAUCUUAAACCUCUGAAAGCUAGACCUAUUAUGGUUUGGAUAUAUGGUGGUGGUUUUCAAUUUGGCGAAGCGAAUCGUGAAUGGUAUGGACCGGAUUAUUUUAUGCACAAAGAUGUAAUUUUGAUUACAGUUCAAUAUCGAUUGGGAGCUUUAGGUUUCCUCAGCCUAGAAGAUCCUGUCCUACAUACACCCGGUAAUGCCGGUUUAAAAGACAUUAUUUUAGCCUUGAAUUGGGUUAAAAAGAAUGCAGCCAGUUUCGGAGGUAAUCCGGAAUGUGUAACGCUCUUCGGUGAAAGUGCUGGCGGAGCAGCUAUACAAUUUCUUAUGUUAAGUGAACAUGCCAGAGGUUUGUUCCAACGAGCAAUUUUACAAUCGGGAGUAGCGACAGCAGAUUGGGCAACUACUGAAUGUACUAAACGUGCUUAUGAUUUGGCUGUAGCAGCAGGUUAUCAAGGAAAACAAAAGGAAAAGCACAUUCUUAAAUAUCUGCGUAGUUUAACAGCUACUGAAAUCUUAGAAGCGGAAAGAAAAAUUGUACAGACAAAUGAAAGAGAAAUGUUUCUAUUUGGUCCAAAUGUUGAACCAUACUUUACGGCUCACACGGUGUUUUGUAAGCCGGUGGAGGAGCUAUUAGAAAAUGCUUGGGGUAAUAAAAUACCUAUAAUUUUGGGAGCGAAUUCUAUGGAGGGUUUGUUCUUUCAAAAGAGUGCUGUCAAAAAUUUGCCGGAUAGUUUAAAAGUUUUAGAAACCUGCACUAAAUAUGUUCCAAAAGGAGCAGCACAUCAAAUUGGCAGUGUAGAGUGUCAGGAAAAGGGUUUAAAAUUGCGAGAAAUUCAUGUUAAAGGAGAAGAGCCCACUUUGGAAGACCUAUAUGAAAUCAUUAGUUAUGCAUAUAACUGGCAUCCCAUACAAAAAACCAUUGAUGCACGUUUAAAGUAUGCCCGUAAAACUUCCACUUUUCUCUAUCGUUUCGAUUUUAAUUCAAACAAACUUAUUAAUCCUUUUCGUUUAAUGCAUUCCCUUGAUAAUGAAUCAGUGAAGACUACUGCUGUUACUGGCGCAGCACACACCGAUGAACUUUCGUAUCUUUUCAGCAGUGUUUUGGCCAAACCAAUGGAAGGACAAAGCCGCGAAUAUCGCUGUAUGAAACGCAUGAUUUCAUUGUGGACAUUAUUUGCGGAAACUGGAAAAAUUCCAGGCAUAGAUGGUGUUAAAUGGCGUUCAUUACAACGCCACGAUAAAAACUCAUUUAAAUGUUUGAAUAUCGGCGAUGAUUUAAAUUUUAUUGAUUUACCAGAAAUGCAGAAACUAAUGGUAUGGAAAAGUUUAUAUGAGCUGCAUCGUACACUGCCUAAGAGUACAAAACCUAUUGAAACAAGUGCUAAAUCAUCGUUAUAAGCAAAAUAAAAACCAGUUCUUGUUUUCUUUUUUUAGCAGAUUUUUUUGGUUUUGGUUAUCAAGUAAUAAAAAUGUGUUUUUAUAAACUGUUAA